AUGCUCACAGAAUGUGAGAAAUUGCUGGGCCAUGGCCUCUUGCGUCUGCCAGCCAAGUACAGUUAUCACUACAACCUAAAAGCGGAGGAGGACUUGAUAGAGCUUCUCUUUCGAUCACUAUGCGGCAACGAUCCUCAAAGAUUACAAAUCCUAUUUCCCGAAGGCCCCCCGAGUGAUCGAGCAUGGAAACUAGCGGAAGCGCAAGGCGCUCAGGAAGGCGCGGAGUACAGUGCCGCUGCAAAAGGGAAACGGUGUGGUCAUAUCUUCAAAGCUGGUGAAGGAACAUAUCGAUGCCUGACGUGCGGUGCGGAUGACACGUGCGUUCUGUGUAGCCGAUGCUUUGACGCUUCCGACCACACAGGUCAUCAGUAUCAGAUUUCUUUGUCGGCAGGGAACUGUGGAUGUUGCGAUUGUGGCGACGAGGAAGCAUGGCGAGUACCCUUAUGCUGCGCGAUUCAUACCGAUACCGGCGAAGCGAAGGGUAAAGAAAAAAUCAAAAAAGAUCUACCGUCGGCAUGGGUCGAGGAUAUUAGGACUACCAUCUCACGAACGCUGGAUUACUUCUGUGAUGUUAUCUCGUGUUCACCUGAACAGCUUCGUCUACCGAAAACAGAAGAGGGAAUUCGUCAUGACGAGGUGGCCUCCCGAUUACAUCCUGGAUGGUAUGGCGACGGUGAUGAGGAAGAGGAAGAACCUGAGUUCGCUCUUGCUUUGUGGAAUGAUGAAAAGCACACCAUUCGAGAGGUAUCCCACCAAGUCACACGCGCAUGUCGAGAACGCUCUAGCUUCGGAGAUCUAAAGGCACAUGAAACGAAUGAAAUUGGACGCAGCGUUAUCAAGUACUCAAAAGAUUUGAACAGGCUUUUGCAGGUGUCGAAAAUAAUUGAGCAUAUCAAGGUCACCGUGACUAUCCGUUCAGCUCGAGAUACAUUUCGAGAAGGAAUGUGCGGGACCAUUGUUGAGUGGCUCUCUGACAUUGCUGGCUGUAGCUUUGGUGAAGACAAUGAAAUUUUGCGAAAUAUUAUUUGCGAGGAACUCCUGCGUCCAUGGCGGCCAGGAAGCGGCGCGUACAAUGCCGAUAUUGGCAUGAAAGGGAUUGACGACCACGAACGAAACGAAAGCGCUUCUUUCUACCGCACAGCAAUUACCCUAACAGUCUCCCCCCAAGGCGGUGUCAUUGUUGGAACGGAAGAUGAUGACGAAGACGACGAGGAUGAAGUCGACGAGACCGAGGCAGAUCAAGGCCAGGACGAUGAAGAAAUGGAAGGAGAAGAGGAAUUUGUCGUGAAUGAAGACGACGACGAUGAUUAUUCAGAAGUGAUGGAUAUUGAGAACCCACGUCUUCGUCAUCUUCUAGGCAUCGGUUCCGACGAGGAUGUCGACAUGGGCAAUGCGGAUGGUGAAGGACCAGAGACUGAUACCAGUACGACGACAGCUGCGCCAACUGGAGAUCAGACACAGUCGUUGCAAGCACCGCCAACAACUCAGAACCAGGGCGAGAUGAACGAAACCUCUCAUGUGAAGAUCCCUAGGACUCCGACUGGCUCCGUUAAGCUGUCUGCGGCAAAGACUCCAAGCCAUUGGCAAUCCCGACCUGUUCGUCCUGCCGGAAACGUACCGAUCUAUGAGAACCUCAAUCAACGGACUAGACUUGAUUGGAUGAUCCUGUUUGACCUCCGCCUAUGGAAAAAGACUAGGAUCGAUCUGCGAGACCUGUAUAUCAGCACCGUCGUCAAUGUCCCUCAAUUCAAACGAGUCAUGGGACUGCGACUCGCUUCAUUGUACACAGUAUUAGCUCAGUUGUAUCUGAUUGCUGACCGUGAGCCAGACCAUUCCAUUGUCAAUGUAUCCUUGCAGCUUCUCACAACUCCGUCCAUUACGGAAGAGAUUGUGCAUCGAGGUGAUUUCCUCACAAAGGUGAUGGCUAUUCUCUACACGUUCCUCACCACCCGGCAAGUAGGAGAGCCGUGGGAGGUCAACCCGAACGCAACUUUAGCCUUUGACGCUGGCUCCGUCACAAAUCGCCGACUGUACCACUUCUUCCUCGAUCUUCGUCAUUUGCUCCUAUCCGAAUAUGUGCAAAGCCGUAUCCGUACCGAGGAACAAUAUCUCCUACAGUUUUUGGAUUUGGUCAAGCUACCGCAAGGUAUCUGCCCGAACGUGCGGGCUGUUGGCGAGCAUGUGGAAUACGAAUCAGAUGCUUGGAUUGGUGCUUCCAUCUUGAUGAGAGAGAUUAAUCGUUUGUGCCGUCAAUUCUGCGAAUCUUUCCGUCAUCCAACCGCUGAAAAUGGCCAAAAUCUCGUGCGGGCAAUAAAGGCAGCUGCUAUCUAUGCUAUUGUUCACUCAACCUGUGUGGAGAGAAAGCGUUUUGAUCAGGCCGAGAUCAAGGAGUAUAUCAAGUUCAAGCAGCUUCCUCUCUUCGACUUUGAGGUUACUUCGGAAGGAAAUAUUCAUCGUCACCGAGUGGUUGACUUUGUUGUUGAUAAGGGUUCUAUUAGUUUCCACCAUGCUCUACACUACACCCUUUCAUGGUUGCUCGAAUGUGGUCGCGAUAUGAGUCGUGAAUUGAUGCGAGACAUUCUGCUGGAGGCUGCUCAGACAGCCAACGAAAAGCAUGUUCACGACAAGCACUUGAGCAAUGAAGACCUUUUACUGGCCAUGUUCGACUAUCCACUACGUGUUUGUGCAUGGCUUGCCCAGAUGAAGGCCGGUAUGUGGGUACGCAAUGGGUUGAGUCUUCGCCACCAAAUGUCACAGUACCGUGGGGUCUCUUCGCGAGACUUUGCAUACUAUCGAGACAUCUUUCUAUUGCAAACCGCCCUCGUCACUUGUGACCCAAGCCGUGUUCUUGCCUCUAUGGCCGAGCGCUUCGGGGUAGUAGCGUGGUUUACUGGAGACUAUCAGCCUCGUCAAGGCUAUGAAGAUUCUCAGAUCAUUGAUGUCGCCGAAGAGUUCAUCCACUUGCUUAUCAUUUUGAUUACAGACCGUACCUCCCUUACAGUUGACGAGGACGAUGCGAUGGUCACUCGUGAGAACAUCAGUCGUGACAUUGCUCAUGUACUAUGUUUCAAACCACUCUCAUUCUCCGAUCUUUCUACUCGAUUGAGCGAUAAGCUACUGGAAACAGACAUAUUCCAAGAUGUGCUAGAUGAUGUGGCUACGUUCCGACCACCGGAAGGUUUAAACGACACUGGCACAUUUGAACUCAAACCGGAAUACCUUGAACUGAUAGACCCAUACAGCGCUCAUUACAACAAGAAUCAACGGGACGAAGCGGAGAGUAUAUUCAGAAAUUGGAUGGCGAAAAAGACAGGCAAGAAGCCUGCUGAUAUUGUCUUUGAACCAAAACUCCGCUCUGUCACAAGCGGGGCGUAUUCUGAUCUUUCGGCAUUUACACGCACCCCGUUGUUCGCCCAGAUCAUACACCAUUGCCUUGACUAUAUCUUGUGCUAUAAGGAGAAGACUCCUAAAAUUCCUGCCACAAGGAUUGAAGCUUUCCUACAUAUUGUCCUUCAUCUUAUUCUCCUCGCCACCAUGGAAGACAACUCUUCAGAGGAUGAAAUGGACGACAAGUUUGCUGCUUCUUUUGUAUCGAAUGCACUUUCAAAGUCAAAACCAACGCAAACAGAUACUCAUAUCACCAUUGUUGGGCUGUUAGAGAAAGUAUCUGUUGCCAGCGAAUAUGAAAGCUGUGGUGCAAAGAUCAAACAUAUCAUCAAGACUAUGUGGCAUAAACGACCGAGAUCGUACGCAACUGCCACUGAGAAGCUGAGGUUUCCUUAUGAACGACUUGAUACCAACUCGCCAGCCAGCACUGCCGAAUCUGAACAGGAACUCAAAAAGAAGCAAGCUUUGGACCGUCAAGCACGCGUUAUGGCACAAUUCCAGCAACAACAGCAAAACUUCCUUAGUUCUCAAGGUGCUUUUGACUGGGGCGAUGAUGAGGAUUUGAGUGACCUGGAGUCUGAGACUGCGGGCGAUGCAGAGACCAAGACUUGGAAGUAUCCUAGUGGCACUUGUAUUCUCUGUCAGGAAGAGACGAAUGAUUCGAGGCUCUUUGGAACAUUUGCGUUGAUACAGGAUAGUGGUAUACUGCGUUUGACGGAUGUACAAGAGAAGGACUGGAUACGCGAGUCGCUGAGGACUCCUGCAAGCCUCGAUAGAUCCAUCGACCACGUCCGUCCAUUUGGCGUUGCUGGAGAGAAUCGUGCCAUGGUCAAGAAACUCGACUCGUCAGGCGGCGAAGUUAUCACCGAGAAAAUUGGGCUCAGCAAGGGUUUUCAAUCAAAGAAUACACUACGUGGUCCCGUCACUACCGGAUGUGGUCAUAUCAUGCACUACGCGUGUUUUGAAGUCUAUUGCUCAGCUAUCCAGAGACGCCACUCACAACAAGUUGCUCGAAAUCACCCCGAGCAUCUGAACCUUAAAGAGUUUGUUUGCCCGCUCUGCAAGGCGCUUGGAAAUGCAUUUUUGCCUAUCAUUUGGAAGGGCAAAGAAGAGUCUUAUCCUGGCGUCCUGGCCACGGAGAAAUCUUUUGAAGAUUAUAUCUCUGUAGGGUUAAAAGCGAACCUUACUCAGUCACCUAAUGCCCCAGUAUUUGCUAUGGAGAGCGACAAGAUACCGCACGACCCUUAUUUCCACAUAGCGACUAAAUAUCUCACCAAAUCGCUAGUCGCGCCACUUUCAACCGCCGUCGAUCAGCGGAACCACUGGCCAUCGACUGCGCCUGUAUCCCGACCUCCUUCCUGGUCUUUCCAGGGUCCUAGGAUUCUCAUACCGGGUGAAUUUCCCAACGCCGAAGAAGGCGGCGCAACCAGCCCCAUCCGUCCAGCUCCACCAACCCCUGGAGAGGUCACAACACCAGAGCCCGCAUCCGAUCCGAUGUCUGAACUCAUGAAGAUCUACCAGAGACUAAAGAAGACUCUUCAGGCCAACCAAAUUCCAUCACAGUUCUCACACAGCCAGAAUCCCAGCGCAUAUGAAGAUCUGAUUUUUACCGAUUCUCUUUUCAGGAGCUUUGGAUUCAGCAUCUCAGCUUUGGAAAUCUCUCAGCGUGGUGUGGAAGCUGACCCCGGUACCACCCUGCUUGAUAAGAUUCCUCAACUGACUCUGACCCACCUCCGCGUUUUUGCAGAGACUGCUUAUUCUUACGCUGCUCUUGGUGCAGCCACAAACUACUAUUAUGGCGAUAAAAAUGGCACGACAGAAGAGUUCCACCAGAUUCAUCGCCAGAAACUCUGCCAGCUUUUCAUUGGUCACCCUAUCUGCGGCCAAGGUCCAUUAGUCAACGAAGUGCGAAACAUUCCUCCGUUGCUAGGAACGGAUAUUUUCGUCUUUCUUGCGGAAGCCUCAGUGGCCUUGAGUCCAUUGUUGAACAUUGAAAUCAGGCAUUUGAUCCAAUUAUGUUAUAUGGCAGAAGUCCUCAAGGUUGCCGUCACAUUUAUCCUUUGCAAUCAUCACCUGAAAGAAGAGCUUGCCAGGCAUGAGAAUGACGAUUAUCUGCAGACAGAGUCGGCAGAGAUCAAGUAUGCAAUCACGCGCAAAUUCUUUGAUGCGGUGGUCUCUGAGAUGAAAUCAAACACGAUUGGACGAGCGGCUGGCUCUUCUAUAAUAACUGGCUACCUGGGCCAAGGCGAAGACUCAAGUAUCCCGAUUCUUGUCAUGGCUCUGCGACGUCUGAUAUCUAGCUAUGCAUUGCCAUUCUUGAGAAAGACUGCCAUACUCUUGCAUGUCCAACAUGGGGUCAAUUUCCCCAACACACUCUUCCAGGAAGAAAACGCGUCGGAGCUAGAUCGCUUGACCAAACUUCUACACCUGCCGACCCUCGAUGAGAUUUUUGAUUUGCUCUCAACUCCAGAUACUGUCUGUUAUCGUAUAUUCUCAGGAUGGAUCUUCCACUGGAAUGCCUCGCGGUCGGCUAGUCGAUUUGAAGAUCACCGACUCUGGCCUAGUCUAUCUCACCCAGCCCCAUUUGAACUCAUUGGUCUUCCAAAAUACUACGAUCUGCUGAUUGAAGAAGCGAAUCGUCGACGAUGCCCUAACUCAGGACGAGAGUUGAGUGAUCCAAGUAUUUGCCUAUUCUGUGGUGACAUCAUGUGCUCGCAAGCAGUCUGUUGCAUGGAUAACAAGAAAUAUGGAGGCUGCAACCAGCACGUCGAAAAAUGUGGCAAAAACAUUGGUCUAUUUAUCAACAUCCGCAAAUGCACCGUCCUCUACCUGCACAACCACAACGGCUCAUGGCACUAUGCACCUUAUCUCGACAAACACGGCGAAGUCGACCCCGGUCUGCGUCGUAACCGCCAACUCAUCCUCAACCAAAAGCGCUACGACAAACUACUCCGGGACGUUUGGCUCUCUCACGGAAUACCUACAACGAUUAGUAGGAAAUUGGAAGCUGAAAUCAACAAUGGCGGUUGGGAGACUAUCUAA